AUGGCAUCGAUAGCGCUGUUGUUCCUCCUGGUCGGAUGCUUAAGCUCAGGCACUCUAGCGGCAAACAUCCUCUACAUCAACUCCGUCGCUUCACCUAGCCAUUUCGGAUGGAAUCGUGCAUUGAUUUACGCCCUGGCCGCCAAAGGUCACAACCUGACCGUGUUCGGAGUUGACAGUGACCCGAAUCCACCACCAAAUGUCACCUUCAUUCUGCUCGAGAACGUGUACGAGAAGCUGUACAGUGAUCCGAACAUGGAUACGGAUUUCUUCGAAAUGAGCAAGAUGAACGCAUUCUCCAUGCAGAUCCUGUUCAAUGAUUAUGUGCUUGGUGUAUGCCAGCUUGCCCUAGCCACAGAUGGUGCCAAGAGGCUCUACGACUAUCCAUCUGACUUUGGAUUUGAUCUGAUUGUGCACGACUACCUAUCUGGGCCGUGUUUGGCGGCAUUGGCGUACUAUCGCUUCCAGAAACCGCCGGUAGUCGCAGUUACCGCCUACCACGGUGCCUCGACGACGCUCUCCAUGACCGGGGCGUAUCAGUACUCGGCACUGCUGCCAAAUCACGCGUACGACGCCCCAGAGGACAUGAGUUACCAACAACGAGUCAUCAACUUGCUCGUGAAUCUGCAAGAAGAGCUGCUACAGAAGUAUGGCCUUCUGCAAACGUCGAACAACAUGCUACGAGAAUACGAACCGGCCCUUCCAGACGUGGAGGAGUUCUACCGUGAAACGAAGCUCGUUCUGCUCAAUGCCAACCCCAUCAUCCAGUACACCGAACCGCUCAUGCCGAACGUCAUCCCGGUCGGUGGAUUGCAGAUCAUCAAACCAAAGCCAUUGCCAGCCGAUUUGGCUAGUCUGCUCGAUAGUGCUGGUCCAGGUGGUGUGAUAGUGUUCUCGCUCGGUACAAACGUGCGCAGUGACACACUUGGGGAAGCGCGCAUUUUAGCCAUUUUGCGCGCGAUGGAAACUCUUCCGGAGUACACCUUCCUGUGGAAGUUUGAAUCGGAUGCGAUGCCACGCGCCUUGCCCAAGAAUGUGAACGUUCGCAAGUGGCUACCGCAGAACGACCUGCUCUCACAACCUGCCGUGCGGUUGUUCAUCACCCAUAGCGGUCUACUCAGCACACAGGAGGCCAUCUGGCACGGUGUACCGAUCAUCGGUUUUCCAGUGUUUGCGGAUCAGUACAAAAACAUCAACUACUGCGUGGAACGAGGUGUCGGAAAGCGGCUCAACAUAGCGGACGUUAACACGGAAGAGUUGGUUGGUGCGAUCCGCGAGAUCAUGACCACGGAGAGCUACCGCACGAACAUGAAGCGCAUGUCAGACUUGUUCCGUGACCAGCCAGAACACCCGUUGGAUCGAGCCGUCUGGUGGGUUGAGUGGGUCCUGCGCCAUCCUGAUGCAACGGAAAUGCUGACGCAUGGUACGCGCCUCCACUGGUUCGUCAAAUACUCGUACGAUGUGCUGAUUCCGCUGUUUGGCGCCAUCGCAAUCCUCUGCUACGGUCUGUUCCUCGUCACCCGUCGGUUGUUAUUCCGCAAGAAGGGAACCAAGCAGAAGCAUAAGAAAUCAUAAUUCACCAUGUUUGAAUGUAAGAAUCCGUCAGUGGAAAGUCUUGAAGUACCUGUUCAAUCAUGAAAUGUU